AUGCCGUCUGCCGCUGGUAGCGAGCCGUUCCAGUGCCCCACGCACGGGCCCAAGCAUGCCUUCUUCCUCUCGCAUCGGCGCUCAUCCGACGAGCAGAUUGCCCAAGACCUCAAGCGCCUCCUGGCUUCGGUCGGCCAGCGUCGCCAUGGCGAGCCCAUCUCGGUCUUUCUCGACUCGGACUGUCUCGACGGAACAGCUGGCGUGUCCACCGAUGCUCUUCCCGGCAGCGCCGUUGCCGUCCUGCUCGUCAGCAAGUCGUCCAUGAACGGCAUGAAGGAACUCGCCGACCAGGGCGAGCCCGACAGCGUCGUCGACGAGAUUAGGACAGCCCUGGAUCUCAAGGAUGCCAAGCCAGACCUGCCUGUCCUGCCGCUGUGCAUUGCGACUCUGGAGGAUGGUGGCUACAUUGACUUCAAGCCGUAUAUGAUGUCCUUCCCCAGCGACCCCAAGUUUGCCUCGCUCAAGCACACCAUCGACCGCAUGAACCAGAUCCAGAUGUACGGCUUCCGCCCCGACCAGCCCCACAAGCGUCUCUACCGUCUGCUCACCCUCUUCAGCCCCAUCUUCUCCAACCCCGGUCUCCGCGACGCCAUCCCCACAAAGUACUAUGUCGACAACCUGUUCCUCGGCGACAUGGGCCAUCUGGACUCGCUCCUUCGUCAGGUCACCCUGACUGGUCGCGCCGUCGUCUCGGGCAUGGGCGGCAUGGGCAAGUCCGUCCUGGCCCGCCAGUUCCUCCAGUUCAUGAUGGGCACUCUUGCCGUCAGCAACGACGGCGAACUCGACGGCUUCAAGCUCGAAACUGUCGGCAUCAAGCCGCAGUACAGCCGCAUCUACUGGGUCAACUGCGCGACCGAAUCGACGGCCCUCGACAGCCUGGUCGACAUCUUUCCGCACAUCAAGCCCGGCGAGAUCAAGCAGCAUGCCUCUCGGAUCCUCUCCCAGAGCCGCGAGUAUCUCCUGGUCCUCGACAAUGUGGACGACAUGGCCGUGGUCGACUCGGUGUUUGAGCACUCUGUCGCGGCCGGAUUCAGCGGCGACGUCGUUGUGACGACCCGGUUGUCGGCUCUCGACGAAGGACCCUUCCUCACGGCCCUCGGGGCCAAGCUUGACGACUUCCAGCAGGCUCCACUCCGCCUCGAGUCGUGGAAGAGCGAGACAGCCUUUGACUACAUCCUGGCGACAUCGCCAAUGAUUGCCGAGAAGGUGGGCACCGACCAGGACCGAGCAACGCUCCGAAAGCUCAUGGACCGGAUCAACGGAUAUCCGCUUGUGAUCCAGACGGUGCGGAUCUAUGCCGAAUGCAACGACACGCCGAUCGACGAGAUCGAGGCGCAGUUUGCCCAGGCACUCGAGGAGCAGGAUGGCGAAGACGAGACCCGGUCGUCGCUCAAGGUGAUCGUGGAUCUGUCGAUGAGCACGCUGCUGAAGAAGGGUGCAGUGGGAGUCGAGGCAUGUCGGCUGUUUGGGGCGAUCAGCCUGCUGGCGUCAGACGACAUUCCUCUCGAGCUGAUCACAGCGAUUGCGCAGAAGAUGGAGCUCUCGGCCGAUGCUGCCCAUCUCGUCAAGAUGGUGUGCGAGAGUGGUCUGCUCCGGCCCGGGCCCGACGAGCAGUACUACACGCACUUGUUGACGCAGAGAGUCGCCCACGAGUGGGUUGUCGAACAUGGCGAGCUCGAAGCGCACGAGAUUGAGCACGAUGUCGGCACUGUUCUCGUCACACAAUCGGAUCAUCACCGGAGUAUCAAGUAUUUGACUCUCGGAAAACACAUUGAAGUCUUUGUCGAAGGCAGAAUCCCCGAGUCAUACUCAUCAGCUUUACAUCCUCGGCUGGAGCGGACUCUGGGAGAGGUUUCGGCUGCUCGUGCCAACUAUCCAAAAGCUAAAGCCAUACUUGAGUCCUGCUUGCGGAGGUCCAUACUGUUUUAUGAGACCCGAAACCAUUUUGACGUAUCGGUGACCUUGGUCUCCCUUGGAAAGCUUGCCUUAUCUCAAGGUCGCCUGGCCGACUCCAUCAAAUACUUUCACGACAGCCUUGCUGUUUUGGAAGCCGUCUUUGGAUCUCAAGAGUGCCCAGAGUCUGUGGAUACACUCUUGUUUCUCGGAAACGCAUACUGCGCCGUCGGCCAACUUGAUCAAGCGGCCUCAGCCUAUCAGAAAGGGCUGGCAAUCCUCCGGGGAGGCUUUGGAACAAGCAGCAGUCCCGUGAUUUCGUAUCUCCUAUCAGGACUCGGCACCAUUGCCAUGAUGCAGGGUCGUCUCGAAGAAGCAUUGCAGUAUCUUCAGGAGGCAGCAAGCAUAUCCGCGCUCUCGCAUGGCGAUCCACACCAUAUUGAUGUCGCAAAGGGCCUCGCCGCUAUCGGAAAAGUUCUCCUCAAACUGGGACACUCCAACGAUGCUAUUCAAUACAUCCAAGAGUCGCUCGCGAUCGCCCAGAAUUAUCAUGGAUCCGAGAAGCACCAAUUUGCUGCGGAUGCUCUGCUCAUACUUGGCGAAGCAACCCUAUAUAUCGGCAUGCCCCAAGAUGCUCUCCGACACUUCCAAGAGUCCCUGAGCCUGUUGGAGAGUAUUUAUGGCACAAAACAGCACCCGAAUGUCGUCGAGGCUCUCUUAUCGGUGUGCGAGAUAUACAUCUCGACGGACCGCCAUGACUUGGCACUAGUGUAUCUGCACGAAGCCCUCGAGCUCUCUGUCCGUGUGUUUGAAACAAGGGAGCAUCCUAUAGUCUCGAAGAUUCUCAUGAAAUUCGCAGCCAUCAUGGCACACCGCGGACAUCUGGACGAAGCUACGCGGUACCUUGACGAAUCCAUGGACAUCACCCUCAAGGUUUACGGAACGGCGCAACACCAAGACGCCAAUGCAAUCCUGUCUUUGAUGAGCCAAGUUUCAUACAUGAAGGGAAACUUUGACGAAGCAAACACAGCCAUUUGCAGUACCUUGGAUAUCUCAAUGAAGGUAUUGAAAUCGGACAAGACGCUGGAAGCAGCGGUAGCAAUUCAGAAAAUCGGCUGGAUCAAGGGAAUCAAAGGGAACCCGUACAAUGCCCUCAAGCACUUUGCCGAGUCCAUCGACAUUCUUGUUGGAAUUUAUGGAAGUCGAGAGCAUCCCAUGAUCGCCGCGACGUUGACAAACAUGGCGAUCAUUCAAAGCACUCUUGGUCAAUAUGACUGCGCACACGAUCAUGUUGAAGAGGCCCUCUCGAUCCUCAAGAAGGUGUACAAUACUAAAAAUCACCCAGCGAUUGCCGAAACGCUCAAGCUCCUGGCCAUGGAAUCGCUUUUCCACAGCAGGCUUGACGAAGCUUCGAUGUACUUUGACCAAGCGCUCGAGAUCCUGAUUGCGGUGUUUGGCCAACGGGAGCACAUCCAGGUAGCCAGUUUACUCAUGGAAAUCGGUCAGCUUCGCUUCCAACAAGGCCGCUCUGAAGAAUCGGAAGCAUUGUUCCGCGAAGCGUACGUCAUAUCGACCACAUCCCUAGACUCGAUAGCCCAUCCGACAGUAGCCACAAUCUUGGGUGCCCUUGGUGCUAUCAAAUGGAGCCAAGGUCACUUUGAUGAAGCCGAAAAAUACUUGCAAGAAUCAUACGACAUCCUUGCGCAUUUGUACCCAAACCGAGUGCAUAUUGGCUUUCAAGAAGUCCUGUGCGGGCUUGGGCAGAUCGACAGCAGCUGUGGCCGAUAUCCAGAAGCGCUGGGUCGAUUCCACGAGGCACUCGAUGUCGCAGAAAAGGCGCUUGGCACACGCGAUCACCCUAUUGUCGGCUCGAUCUUGGGUCAAAUCAGCUCUAUCGAAGCCGAGCUCGGGCUGUAUGCCGAGGCCUCCGAACAUCUCCAUCAGUCAAGCGAGAUCUUUUGCAAGGUUUUUGGUGGGGAGAGACAUAUUUUCAUUGCCAUCAACAAUAUGAUGCUGGGACGAAUCAUGACGAUCAAAGGUCAACCUGACGAUGCCCUGUCGUGCUACGAUAGAUCCAUCAAUAUGUUUGUGGACUUGCUAGGAGGCCGAGAGAACCUGGAAGUUGCGCGCAAUCUGGUCCAGAUGUCCGAGGUAUACAAGAUCAAGAGCCAGUUCAGUCAAGCCCAAAAUGCUUUGGAGGAUGCUAUAGCGAUACUGGUGAAAAUCUACGGCAGUCGCCAGCACCAAUACGUUGCGCAAGCGUUGAUGGUGUACGGAGAGGUGCUCGCGAUGCGGUUCCAACUCCGCGAAGCCCUCGAUUACCGCUCCAUCUGCCGCUACAAGGAAGCCCUGGAACACCUGAACCAGAGCUUGGAGAUGUCAAUCCGUUUGCACGGGUCGAUCAACAACAGCAUGUCAAUGAGCGUUUUGGUCAACAUUGGCAACUUGCAUCAAUUCCAGGGAAAAGUUGAUGAUGCUGCCAAGUAUUACUUUGAAGCCCUGGAUGCCUCUAAGCAAGUCGGUGGCUCAAAGGAGACCCAUGGCACCGCCGCCAUCCUAAACCAGAUUGGUGAAUUGCACAUAUCGUCUGGCCGACUCACCGAGGCACUGGCGUAUCUGGAGGAGUCCCUCGAAGUCAUGACUCGAGUCGAAGGUACCCGCAGCCAUCCAAUGGUCGCGGCGGCGUUGAUCGGAAUCGCCCGAAUCCUGAUGCUCAGCGGGCAGCCGGAAGAGUCAAAGAAGCGGCUAGACGAAGCCAUGGAUAUAGCAGUCCAAGCCGCCGGGACGCGGGAAGACUUUGUCGUUGCCCAGUGCCUUACAAACCUUAGUCGGCUAUCUAAUGGGAGGAAUCAGCCCAAUAUCGCUCGAAAGCAGCUGCAGGAGGCCUUGGAAAUCACAGUGCGGCUGAGCAAAACUCGCAUUCGACCCGAUGUCGCCGGCAUUCUCUGCGAGCUCGGUAGAACCGCCUGUAUGCGUGGUCAAUUCGCAGAGGCAACAAAAUAUCUCCGCGAGUGCAUCGAUACCCUGGCCCAGCUCUCAGGAUCGACAAGCCACCCGGAUAUGAUCCCUGUUUUUAUGGCCAUGGCGGAAGCAUCACAACAACAAGGCCGAAUAGACGAGGCCCUUCGGCACUACCAGCAAGCGAUGCAGAUCAUCGAGUCCUCCUUCGACGCCUCGGCGAACGUCCAUGCUGCCAUCAUAUCCAUAUCUGUGGGCGCGAUAGAGUUCCAGUUCCGGCGUCGAUUCGAGGCAGCUCUGACGCAUUUCCAAGAUGCAUUGCACAUUUCCAUCCGGGCUUUUGGUACUCAAGACAACAUGAUUGCAUUGGAUGCCUUGCAGAAGAUUGGGGUCGUUCUCGCAACACAAGAUCGCAAUCAUUCUCCGUGGGAUGGGUGA